AAAAAUAUACUAUAUUAUUUAAUUAAAUUAUUAUGUAAUUGGAUUUUAUUUUUUAAUCGGACGAUUCGAGCAGUCUGAAGAAAAUCCCGUGAGAUUAGCUAGUGUUUUGGCCAAUUUGUGGGAGUGGAGUUACUGUUCACGUCGGGGGUCACUGUUCACCGGCACUAUUCACCGGUUACUGUUCACACCCCGAGGGCCAACAAUUAACGGGAAUUUUAAUGAUUAGUUUGUGAUAUAAGAACGAUUUUGGAGAUAUUUGAUCAUGUGGAGAUUUAUGGAAAUAGCAUUGUGAUUAUGAAUGAUCCUAAUGAUGAUUUCAGUGUGAAUUUGUGAUAGCACGGUAUUAAUUCUGAGGUGUUUUGAUUAGGUUCCCGAUCGUUCUGUCAGUUAGUGCGUGAAUUGAGUGCUCGGUUUAUGCGAGUGAGGUAAGUAAAUUUAUGGUAAUACCCGUACUGUUUUAAAAGCAUGUUUUGAUUUGUUUUUGAAGUGGUGGCGGGACUAAACCCGUUUUACACGAGCAUGACUGAUUUGAAGUAAAAUGUUUUGUGCUUUUCAUGAAAUUGAGCAUGCCUACUUGAAAUUUAAGUGACUGUCCUGAUGAUCGGAAAGUGAUUGUGAAUUGUGAAUUGUGAUUUGCCUGUUAACUUAUGCCUGUUUUGUCUCCGAUGUGGUCAUGUUAUUCGUGACCCUGCUAGUGGAGGAGGUUAUAAACGCUAGCACAUGUCGACAUGUUAGUGAAAGAGCCGGUUCGUUCAACCCAGCUAGUGGGGGUUAUACACCAGCAAAUCGUGGCCCUGCUAGUGGGGAUUAUACACUGGCCGUGACCUAUAGAGGAGACGUCUAUUUCGUGCCCGUACUAUAUCUGUUUUCGUGAUUGUACAUGUUGGCAUGCUUUAAGUUUGAUAAGGAGCACUCCAUAUUUACUUACUGAGUUUAUCUCAUAGUUUUUCCUUGUCCACCAUUUCAGGAAGUGAAACCGAGGACGGGAAACCACGGGAAGUGACGAGUUAGAAGGCUAGCCAUAUUGUAAUUGGAUAUGAAUUUUAGAAACAAAUCAUGAUCUUGUAUUUGGAGAUUUUAUGAUAUCAGAGUAAAUUUUAAAGAUUUGA